AUGUCCCAAGUCAAACCACCUACUGCGUACGGGGGUGAUGAUGACGCAGAAGAAUUUGAGCGAUUCAUCUCACAACUCGUAGACAUCAUGAAUAUGCAGAAUAAGUGUGGCGAGGCCUAUGAAUGGCAUUGCCUGACGUACUUCAGCUACUGCCCGACCGGCCAGGCCAAAAAGUGGUUUUGUGAGCAAGUAUGGAGGCUGUACUAUGUGCAUAGAGUGCUGUGGAUGUUUAGAGAGGCUGCUCGAGCAAUGAAGAGUAACCAAUUGUUUAACAAUCUGACAUGUGCUGCCAACUGCAUGCAUGUCAAACCGUCAGACUAUGGGAUUGUCUGCAGGUUCAUCAGACGAUUGACAUUGCAAAUUCGCAAAGAUUUGUUUAGGAUCCACAACGUCACUGCAGAGAACUUGACACUAGAGCAUGUGUAUGGUAUUGCCCGCUGGAUCAAGAAUAACCUUAAGACAAACGGCAUUGCUAUAUGCACAAGCACAUCGAACCACCCUGCACAACAAAGCACAAGAGCAGCCAAUAACCAGUCCACAUUGAUACCAAACACAAACACCCAAGAACAGUCAGAUAGAACGUACCAACCUGGAUCUAACUCCAGGAGAGACUCACAACAAAACCGGCAACCGCAGGCUUCACAAAAUCAAUUAGACAACCAGCAUGACUUCUGUCCAAUGCAUUCCAUGAUGGUUACCCCGCAAAACAAACAAUUGUCAUCAAGGCAAGACCAGCAAUCUAGGAUGAAUAAUUCUAAAGGCAAUCUGGUUGACAAGUCCACUCCCGAGGCUGGGCCGUCAAAUUCACAGGAUACUGGAGAGCUCCUCCAUAUCAACAAGGACAGACAGUUGUUUUGUGGCAAAACACAAGAUGAGCACGGGGAGACUGACAACUAUUCAGUUGAUAGAUCCCACACCAAAUACACCUACUCUUAUAACAACUGGGGACAAGAGUCUGAAGAUGAAUACUUCCAGCCAUACAUCCUCAAUGACUGGGUGGAGGACGAGGAUGAGUUUUGGGCCAGUGCCAUAGAUAUCUCUGAUUCUAACGCAGCUAUUACUCAUACUGCUAGUGAUCAGUAUGAACCAAUGGAUACCUGUGACCCAUUUGCCCCUUACCUAGAAUUAGAGUGUCUUCCAACGGUGGUGCCAGAAUGGGUACAGCUGAAAGCCAUCGCCAAUCACAAAGUGGAUUGA